AUGGAUCUAACCACCACCACCAUGUCGAGCAAAAGGGCAAAGACCAAGACCACCAAGAAGCGCCCCCAGCGCGCAACAUCCAAUGUGUUCGCCAUGUUUGACCAAUCACAGAUUCAGGAGUUUAAAGAGGCCUUCAACAUGAUUGAUCAGAACAGAGAUGGUUUCAUUGACAAGGAAGAUUUGCAUGAUAUGCUUGCCUCCCUGGGAAAGAAUCCGACAGAUGAGUAUCUAGAUGCCAUGAUGAACGAGGCUCCGGGCCCCAUAAAUUUCACCAUGUUCCUCACGAUGUUUGGCGAGAAGCUGAAUGGCACAGAUCCCGAAGAUGUCAUCAGAAAUGCUUUCGCUUGCUUUGAUGAAGAAGCAACUGGCACCAUUCAGGAAGAUUACCUGAGAGAGCUGCUGACAACAAUGGGAGAUCGGUUUACAGAUGAGGAAGUGGAUGAGCUGUACAGAGAAGCGCCCAUUGACAAAAAGGGAAACUUCAAUUACAUCGAGUUCACACGCAUCCUUAAACAUGGAGCAAAAGAUAAAGAUGACUGA